AUGGGCAAUACCAGAUCACAACCCUGCGGACGAAGCAAAACUCUUUAUUUAUUCUAUCUUAUCCACCGAACAUGGAACGUCGUCAUAGAUCGGAAGGAUCAAGAUCGUUGUGACGAUACCGAUAGAGAAACGGACUUAUCAUCAAAAUGCAGCACUUGCAACGUAUGCGAUUACCGACGGGACAGUCUGAUCUUCGAAAGCGAGUCAGACAUGGCGCCCAAUGCGGAGGAAGAACUGCUGGUUGUGAAACCAUGGGGACCGCAACCAGAAAAGGAACGCUUAAGACCACCCACGUAUAAUGCCGAAGAUUACGCAAUCGCGCUGAGACGAUGGGGAAGACGCCCAUUAGGAACCGUUCAAGACUCUCAAGGUACUUUGCCGUCGACAACCAGUUCGAGUUCCGGUUACGCAUCCGGAAGUGGUGAGAUGACCUUGAGACAAUUCACAUCGGUCAGCGAGCUGUUAAAUAAACUCAGAGCCGAUCUCAGGCUUGCCUUUCCCAGCUUCGUGCAAGAGUUCGCCUCCCCGCCAGCGGACGGAAUGACCCUGUUGCUGGAAACUUUACGCGGCGUUCAAUUGGCUCAAAGUUCACCACCGAAUUCGGGGCAGACCGGACCUAGGGUCGGUACCAGAAGGGCUGCCCUGGACGAAUUGGGGUGCGUGGAAUGUCUGGCCGCAUGCGGCGAACGAUGCGCCGAUGCACCGCGGCUAUUAGUACAGGCGCAACCUGGCCUCCUAGCUCUCGCGGUUUGUCUGACUAGUAGUCUCAACCGGUCCCGAGUUCUGGCUCUUCAGCUCUUAACGAAGGUGUGCCAAGCACCGGGUGGACACGCAGCCGUUUCGGAAGCGGUAUCGACUCUGAGACUCAAAUACGGAGAAGGAGGAAGAUUUCGAUUUUUAGCAGGCGCUCUUUUAGCCCCGAGAGCAGCUAUCGCGUUGAGGGUUGCAGGAGUUUCGUUUCUAAACGCUUUUCUGAAAUCUGCACCUCGCACGCAAACCAAGUUAUACAUUCAGGCUGAGGCCUGCGAAGCUGGCUUAGAGCCGCAGGUACUUCAGGAAUGGCUAAGGGAAUUCGAUGGACGCGAAGAGGAUGCUUUAACUGAUUUACUGCACAAGGAAGUUCAGAAAUGGGCGCACAACUGUGUCGACGUGGACGCUUUGCAGCGAAGAGUGACACGCGCGGAGGAAACCUGCAGGGUACUCAGCAAAAAGGUAUCGCUUUUGCAGAUGCAAUUAGAGAAACGAAAUGACUGUAACUUGGAAGAACGAGAUAAAUCCACGCCGGUGAUUCUCAUUGCUGCUAAAAGCCCGAAAGUAUCCUCGAACGCGGAGGAUGAAGGUAUCAGUUCUUCGGAGAGAUCCAGCAGUCCUGAAGAUACGAAGCAUCAAUCAAGAACCAAUCGACAGAAAGCCUCACCUAUGCAAAGCAACGAUCAGGAAACAACGAUUGAUGACGUGAUCGAGGAACUGAGGAUCAUAGUGAAAGACGCUGAAGAAGAAUUCAGUGAUAAAACUCAGGAACUGAAUCAUCGUGCUAAUAACAAUCAAGAAACUGUCCAUAAUAAAGAAAGGAUAAAACAAGAAUUGGAUAAAAAUAAAUUAUACCGAUCGAAUUCCAAGGUUUCACUGAAUAACUCUGAGAGUUAUAUGUACGACAAAAUACCCAAGAUAGACCAAUAUACGGAUUUGAAGAUGCUAAAAUCGAAUACGGGCUCUAACAUAUUUCAAAAUCAGAUAAAAAGUGAGCAAGUGACCUAUUUUGGCAACGAUCAAGAUUAUAGUACUGAUUCGGAUGGCACGAAGAAAUUAAGUCUUGGGCUGCGCAAAACAUCAAAGUCAUCGAUGGAAGGCAGUGUUAAGAUCGUUGUAAAGGGACCUGACGUGGAAGAGGCGAUAGUACCGGCUAUUCUACAUCCACAACCGCCACGAAGAGCACCGCCGUGCUUAUCAGCCAUCAUGUCCGCCAGGCAUUGCGACUUCGUUGAUCACGCAGAGAUGUACAACUCCCACGACGAGGAAGUCGAGGAAGAAACUCUCGGUGACGGCAGCGAUUCCUUGCUAAGCGCUUCCAAACUCAAAUAUAACAGCAAACAUCAAAUCUAUGACGGACAGAUGAGAAUUAUUAACGAAGAUCACUUGCAGAAACAAAUCAAGAGCGAUACUAUAUUGAUAGGCUCAAAUCGUAUUGAUGUUAAAUUUAGAAAGAGUCUCGAUGAUUUGCAUCACUUCAAAGAUAACGAUAUAAAAGAUAGAAAAACUUUGAGAAAUUACGAGGCUUCGAAAACAAAUUUAAUUACGGAUGUCAGGUCGACUAACAAACAAAUCGAUGGGAUGAUUCAUCGACACAGUUCUAAAUAUAAAAACGAGAUAGAAAAGAGGAAAUAUUUACGUCGCUCCACUAGUCACGAUUACUUCGAGUCGAAUGUGUCCAGUCCACGAUCGGGGAGUAGAGUGGAGUGUCGUAUCAGAAAAUUUGAAAGUUUAAAUUCUUUCGACGAGCAUCGAAGCUUACAGAAUUAUGAGAGAUCAAUCGACUCCGAAAAUCUUGGUAAACAAGAACAGGUGUCACUUCUGACUGAUUCUUCCAGAUUUAAAAUGCGUAGAUCGGAAUCUUUCCAUCACAUCUCCCAUCACGUAUCGAAGAGGGAUCAAUGCUCAUCGAAAGGGGAAAGCGACAGCGGUCUUUUCUACUUCACGGAUUUUAAUCUGAAGCCUGUUGUCACGAGGCGACCGCGGUCGAUCGACGCGCCAAAGUCUCCCAGUUUGAAAACGAAAUCCUUAGACAGGAUUGACGAAGGUCUAGACUCGAUGGUCGACAUUGUUAUUACGCAAGAAAAAAAUCAAUGGAACGGGAAUAAACGUCAGACAAAAGCGAUCAAAUCUCGCACCGAAAAGCAGCCGACAAGAUCAAGAGCAAUCAGAUCUGAUGAUUUUUGUGGUAAUUCUUCAGAAUUUGAUCAACAAGGAAGGCGAGAUAAUCUCGUUUCUAGAAACAGAGACCUGAAGAACGACGAACUGUAUCAUGUUAACAAUAAGCAAUUAAAAAGCGACGAAUUCUACGAGGAACAGAGAACUCGCGAAUGGAAUUAUCAUAACGAGUUAAAUUAUGCAAGAAGCAAGGGCGAAACUAGCUCACCAGAAGAUUCACCGAUAAUAUUAUCAAAAAAUGGCAUAAGACACAAUUCCUUUUGCCACAAGGAUAAAAUUAGUAAUAAGUUUACCAGUAGACCAAACGAAUCAGGAAUUUUUGCUGGGCGAACAUACGAUACAUUUGGUCUUGGAAAGAAUCGUUUUAACGCGGGCAAAUAUUCGGGGAAUCAGCCAAUUAAAGAAAAUCUAAUUAGUCGAAGAAAUACGACAUCUUCGCUGAUUGGGAAACGUGGAAAAGUAACGGACAUUGUCUCCGGUCUUUACUAAACAUGUUUUGAGUAUAAAUUUUAUAUGGAACUCUA